UGAAGUUUAUGCCCGUGCAAAAUUCGCUACGAAGCAUUGUGCACGAUUGUCUCAAGGCCGAGCUUUAUCUACAUCAAGAACAACGCGUUUCUUGGACAUCUUCGAGAGGUAAUGGUCGUUGUCCUCGACGAAACGCUAGCCGCAAAUGCAGAGAAGGUUAUGAGACCGCAGUGUCGGGUUGCCGAGGUCACCCCGUCGUAAAUAAGGCGAAUGCGCAUGCGGACGACGGAUUAACGUGCGAGGGAAAAGGAAAGACGCGGCGACCGGUGCGAAAGGUAAAUGCAUGGAACAUUUUGAUUGGUCGCGGUGGCUGCUAUGGCCGCCGAUCGGCGCACGCAUGCAACAUUAUUUGGAGGCACACGAACGCACACAUACACCUACACUCACGAGACGCGACAACGUAGCAGUUGGUAGCAGUCGCUCGAGCGACCGAGAGUAGUGAGAAGAGUGACGGAAACGGUCGGUCCGCGCGCGUCGUCGUCGUUGCGUUGUAAGGCAAAAAGCUCUAUGUGCUAUAUCUGUGGCACGGAUGGCUUGAACGACGCCAAUGUUCCUCAGCCAUAACGAAUAGAAGCAUACCAACGAAAAAGGGUGAGGAAGAGAAGAGAGAAAUAUAUAUAUUAUAUAUAUAUAUAUAGACACACUCACACAUAUAGUGGAAACGUCGUAACGAGGGGAGGAGUGCGGGCCGGGCGCGACGCCGACCGUCUCGACACAAUCGUGUAUACGUAAAAUCCGACAAUCCGUCAAAGUUUAAAGCCGCCGAAGGCACCAUUUUCAACUUGCCCUAUAUUGUGUAUACCAGAUUUUAGAAACCGAUAUUCGAAAAGCGCGAGUGCAUCACGAAACAGAGUAGUGGAAAGAACGGACAAAGAUAGAAGAUCGGAGUAGAAGGUAAGCGUACGGCGCAAGAGUGAGUAAGACAUACAAGAGAGACAGAGAGAAAAAGAAACGAACGGAGUUACAGUUGUCGAACGAUACGCAGAACAAAGACCACAACGGCAGCAUAACCUCCAAAAUAUUCGCGCCGCGCGUUUCGGAAUUCGCUGCGCGAAGCAGCAGUACGUAAAGUCACGAGAUAUUCGAUACGACGGAAACAGUCGAGGAAAAGAGAAGGAAAAACGGUGGGAGAUAGAGAAUAUAUUUUUGCAAGUGUGCAACACGCGCCUUCUAUACGAUAGUGACGAUUGCUGAAACGCAGGCUAGAGGAAAGAGAGAGAAAGAGAGCACGUGCAUCAUAGUACCCCGGCCAACGGCAUUAUUCGACGACAUACGGAGAUAAAAGCUGAUCGUGAAGAGCGCGGGGGAUUUGUUCAAAUUUGUUGCGUGUUCUUCCGCGACACCUGGUAUACGAGUAACGCGUAGGUGCGUGCAUAGUGCAUUCUGUCGAUUAUUUUUGGGCGUCGCUUCCGAGCGAAUAGAAGUAAACACACAACGAUACGCUAUAUAUACUCUCACACAUAUAUACACGAAGAUACAAUACGCAAGCACGGUGGCCGGCUGAUCACCACUCAUAGCGGAACGGCAAGUCCGGUUGAUGGAUGAGACUGGCAGAAUGCUGCAACACGGAGGAUCAGGUGUGGGUUUGAUGGGUGGAAACCAGGGCCAAGCGGCCCAGAACACUGCCGGCUACGGCAGCAUGGGUCCGGUCGACGGUACCGCAGCCCAGGGCCCCGAUCAAGCGGUGGAAGCUAGAAAACAGGACAUCGGUGAAAUCCUGCAGCAAAUCAUGAACAUCACGGAUCAGAGUUUGGAUGAAGCGCAAGCGAGGAAACACACUUUGAAUUGCCACAGGAUGAAACCUGCCUUGUUCUCGGUUCUCUGCGAAAUCAAGGAAAAGACAGGUGAGUGAUUUCCUCUCGGUAAU